CCUCUCCCUGCCUCUUUCCAUAUCUUCUCACCACAUCCCUUUCUUCAUCUCCUUCGGUCUCUCCCUCUCCAUCGUCUUCUCUCUAUACGGAUGCGAUCCAGUGAGUCUAGCGGUGCAUCCAAGCGGUGAUGAACAAAAAACAAACUGAUUGAUACCCGUGUGUAAAAUCGAAGAUGAUGAGCACAAACCCUAACACAGUCGAAGAUGAUAAACGCAAACCCAAAAUGGAACAAAAUCGAAGAUGAGGAACACAAACCCAGAAACGAACAAAAUCGAAGAUGAUGAACAAGAUCUAUACCUGUAUGUAAAAUAGAGUAUUGAACAAGAUCAUAAACCAAACGAACCUAGUGUUUUUUGCCACUUAACCAGGAUAGGAAAAGGAAGCAGAUAGGAUUAAGAAGCUCUCAUGGAAAUCAGAUGCUUUCUGGUACGUUGUUUUCUGCCCACACCACCUCUUAUUCGACACCAAUCUCUGUUUUGGGAAUCAACCAACAAUUCAAGUCGAAGAAACAACAAAAAUGGCGGACUAAAAGUUACGGCGAAAUCCAACAUCCACGAAGAUGGCGACCAUGAUCACCCUUUCUUCCAGUCCGCCUUUUCUCGCGCUUCUUAUCGUUUCCAUGAAACCCUUCGUCCAGAGCCUCUUUUCGUCGAUCCGUACGCUGGCUGCUUUGUGCCUCCUAACCUUGAGUUAGACGAAACUACGAAGCAGAAGAUGCAUCAUUACUGCAUUGGUACUAGAUUUAUCGAUGAUCAGUUGCUUAGUGUAACUAAGGGCGUUGAUGGGGCUAAACAGGUUGUUUUAUUUACAGAUGGAAUGGAUACUAGGGCUUAUCGGCUUAAUUGGCCUUCCUCAACUGUAAUCUAUGAUGUAUCACCCCAAGCAGUAUUCAAGAAAGCAUCUGAAAAGCUCAAAGAUGUUGGUGCUAAAAUUCCAAGAAGUUGUUUGCUGGUUCAUGUUCCUUUGGAGUCGUCUGAUAUGCAACAAGUUUUACGUGAUAAAGGAUUUAACGGUUGCAGGCCAAGUAUAUGGGUGUUCCAGGGGUUUCCAGUGGCAAAUUUGGCUAGUUUUAAAGAGAUUCUGACAAUGGUUGGUAAUUUAGGCAUGAAGGGUUGCCUGUUGUUGGGUGAACUUCCUGUUGAAGUCGGGAUGAAGCCCCCUGUGGAGAAGUGGGUGGAUGAGGUUUUCAUGGGUUAUGGUUUUCGAGUGCGAAUAGUAGGGUAUGAUGGUGUUGCAUCAAACCUUGCUCAACAACAGCUGCCAGGAGACCCUAAUAACUUUCUUUUUGUUGCAGAACACCUACAAUUUUCCGAUGAUCAGAUGGAGAAUUGGAGAAGAGAAUUUGAGAGGAUAGAGGGAGAAGGCGAUGAAGAAGGAUUUGAGGAGCUCUAAAUCAAUUCAAACAUCAAACUUGUUCAUUAUUAUUGAUUUUGAGCUACCAUAAAAAG